AAGCAGAGAGGCGGAGAACGGGCUCGCGCCUGGAGCUGGGAGCUGUCCCAGGAAAACAUGGUGCUGAAGCCUGCAGCGCGAGCGCGAGCGCGAGCUGACCGGCCUAAACACCGCGCGUGCUAGACGCGCUACACACAAUCCGUCCAGUGAAUGGUACGAAUCGCCGGUUCCAGGGCGAAGUAAAGGGGAAGGCGCUAACCACAACGCAUAGAUUUCGGGACGCAUCUAGAGAUACACGACGACACGACGGCAGGGAAAGAACGGAAGGUAACGGUGGGUUCCCCCUCCACCCCCCCAACCCCGCAAAAAAAAAAAAAAAACCCUCCAUCUUUCUUUGAUGACGGUAGAUACCUCACGCGCUAGAGCGCUGGCCUUGACUGAUUGAUAUCUGAUAUGCUUUGGACUGCGCGAGCCUGCUCUCCGGAUUGCCGAGCGCUCGCGAGUCCCUGGACGAACGGACAGGCGUUUGAGGGAAGACCUUUACGGAUAUUAGGACCUACGCUUGUCAUGGCACGACAGAGGCAAAAAAUUGUCCAAUGGGUGUGGAGGAUCAGAUCACCAGCCCGGGAUUCCUAUUCUGUUACCUGCGUGACACCGAACUGGACCGUUGCUUGGGUCAGCUCGUGCACAUCAUUCUCUUCGCUCGUGAUGCCGCUUUAAGUCUGACCAAGAAUCUGUGUGGCUUAUUAUAAUUUUGCUGGGUUUUUUCUGAAGGACACAAUUGCAAAGAACACCACAGCUCGCUGGAAUACAGCCAACCUAUAUUCUAGGUUUUUUAUUAAAGUUAGGAACGUCAACGUGCCAUACAGUAGUCUUUUGUGAGCUCGCAUCCUGUGUUAGUGUAUAAUUAGCAGGGUAGGGAUUCGAACCAAAAAGAGUCGAUUCUUCGAUUGAAUUCAUUCCUCAUACGGCCGAGAAAGGAAGAAUUGGCUAGUAAUUAAAAAAUAAAUACCCACACGAAUGAGCUUAAGGUAAUUUAGAUAUGUUGCGACCAAUCUAAAUUAUUAUGUUGCGAACCAAAUUGUGAUUUACUCAUCAUGAAUGUUUAACUGAGAAUAGUAAUGUCAAGAAAUCAUGUAGUUCAAAAUAUCGCAGUAUUAUAAUGGUAUUUUUUAAUUAAUAUUGCAUUAAAAAAAACAAUAUCUCGUGUCCUGUCCCGUGUUUUAGCUUUUACAAUUGAGAAAAUUUGCUGUAUUGUAAGGAAUCAAUUCCGGGAAUCGACUCCAUUGAUUACCAACACUUAGAAUGAGAAUUGAUGAGUCGACUCUAAAAUGUCCAGAAUCGAAUAGCCCAGGACCGGGCGACACGUCAGUGGACCGUUAUGUCUGUAGAAUGUGUAGCGCGUUUUGAACAGAAACAUUCUCACGAAAAGCCGUUACACAUUUGUUAGCCUUAGCUCCUGUAGCCGUCGGGGUGCGAGCAGUGAUUCUGGUUAAACCGAUUUGCGUCCAUUACUGUGACUAGCCGGAACAGUUCGCUAUACGCUAAGCUGGUAAGGUGUUUUCCCUCUGCACCUCGUCCAUCGUUAAGCGAGUAAAAACGGGCACAUGUGGUGCGCUGUCGGUGUCGGUGUUGGAUGGUGCCGGAGUUCGCUGAGCCGUUUACCGAUGCUGCGGCGCGAGGGAAAGCAGAGAGGCCGCCGCUGUCGCGUCUUGUUCAGUGACCUGAAGGCUUUGCUGCUCAGGCCACCACCGCCACCGGCACCGUCGGCCAUGGACGGAGCGCCGAGCGCUCACGGCGCUUCUCCGACGGAGCGGACGCGGGAUGAGGACUCCCCUGACGCCGCCGCUGCCGCCGCCGCAGAGUGGACUGGAGGAGAAGCGGAGCGGAGCGCCACGGAGAGUCCGGACGGCGGCAGCUCGAGCGAGGACUGCACCAAAGAGAAGCUCGACGAGAGAGCCAGUCUGGAGAGCUGCACGGAGAGCGGAGCGCGGACGCCGCUGUGCCGGAUCUGUUUUCAGGGCGCAGAUCAGGGUGAGCUGUUGAGUCCGUGUCGCUGUAGUGGCUCGGUGCGCUGCACUCAUGAGCCGUGCCUGAUAAAGUGGAUCAGCGAGAGAGGCUCAUGGAGCUGUGAACUGUGCUACUACAAGUACCAAGUCAUCGCCAUCAGCACCAAGAAUCCACUACAGUGGCAGGCCAUCUCUCUGACGGUGAUUGAGAAGGUGCAGAUUGCAGCGGCGGUGCUGGGUUCGCUCUUCCUCAUCGCCAGCAUCUCAUGGCUCGUGUGGUCUUCACUCAGUCCCUCGGCCAAGUGGCAGCGCCAGGACCUGCUCUUCCAGAUCUGCUACGCCAUGUACGGCUUCAUGGACCUGGUGUGCAUCGCUCUGAUCGUGCACGAGGGCCCGUCUGUGUUUCGUAUCUUCCACCGCUGGCAGGCUGUGAAUCAGCAGUGGAAGGUGCUGAACUACGACAAGCUGAAGGACUCGGAUGAUCCUCAGAAGGGCAGCAGCACCCUCCGCUCCUUCACACUCCCCCUGAGCAAUCGAGCAGGGGUGGCCCCACCCACUUCCCCUUCUCCCUCUAGCUCCGCCCUCACGUCAGUCGCCACGGCGACCAUCACCCCGGGCACGACCGUGCCAGCGGUCACCGCCGCUCCAGAGGACUCCUCGGAGGCGGAGCGUCACUGUGCGUAUAGCCUGCUGCAGCUGCUCAGCCUCAAUCUCCGGAACCAGGAGCCCAGAAACGCCACGACGACGCAGCCCAGAAACGACAACCGCGAGCUGGUCAUGAGAGUCACCACCGUCUGAGACUGCCAGCGAAGACAACCUGGAGAUAUACGACGACUCGGAAAGGGAAGAGUGACAGUUGGACCCAGAGGAGGAGACGCUUGCUAGCAAAUGUGCUCAAGGUCCUUCUGGUACACUUUGGCAUUUAUGGAAGUAAUAAAUUUUUGAAAGCAAGACAGAGAGGUUUGUUUGAGGAUUUUAGGAGCUGUCCAGCACACUUUCAAGGCCGUGAGGUGCUGUGUUCUGCCGUUAAACAACAGAGCUAAAGGUCAAGUUCAGAGUGAAGUGUUGUUUCUUUUUCUUUUUAAGCGAGAGGCUCAUUAGGGCUGAUGUUAAUACACGGCCACAUAGAGUGGUGGGUUUUUUCAAGCACAAGAUCCAACAAUGCAAUGCAGCGAUAAUGUGUAACACACACACACACACAAAACAUUCACAAGGUCAAAGUUGUUUGCUAUGAAACACCACCAGGUGAUUUUACACACACACACACACACACAUACAACUGAAUGGAAAAGAAUUUUGUGAAGGAAAAAGAUGUACAGUUUUCCACUAAUCCCAAACCUAGUCCAUCAGCCAGGACAUGUUUGGUGUCCAGUUAGUUUUACGCUACGAGGUUAAUUUAGCUAACAAGUAAACGGAAGUCUAUUUCACUCAAAAUCUUUUCUGUAAACAUACAGUGUGGUAGCGUUUUGCCUCCGAGGCUCCACCUCCUCCCCAAGUUUGCGUGAAUAAGUGCAAUGAUAAUACAGUUCUACUCUGAGGUUAUACUGGGACAUACAGCCUUUUCAUGACAAUACACAGAUUUGUGCUUGAAUUUACAGAAAGGGUUUUGAGUAAGGUGGACUGAUUAUUUUAUAACUGCAUUAGCCUUGUAGCUCCUGUAUAAAAGUAACGAAGCAAACGGAGUCAGUCGCGGCUCAUCGACUCUAUUUAGGGUGAGUGGCCAAAAAAAAAAGGAAAAAAAAAAAAAAAGGUUUUUCUGCCCAACUACACGUUUAAGUUUACAUGUAAAACAAACUGGCUGUUGGAAGAAAGGGUCAGUAACGCUGUUAAUGGACUCGCAAUUCAACAAGAGACCGGUUUCCAUGGAGACGACCUGCAGCCACACACUGAAACUACCCAACUAACGUGGCCUGAGUCUCCUGUUUGGACUCAUUUUGUUUACAUUUGUUAAAAUGUCAGAAAAGAAAAUACAUUGCUACAUUAAAAGAUGAAGAAUG